AUCGUAAAUCGUAGGUAAUCUUAUUUAAUCGGAAAAGUGAUUUUUCGGAAUUUUCAUGUGUGAAGUGGUGUGUUAAAAUAAUCGGUAUAUUUUGUCGCGGCUGUAUUAUUCUGUGUAACUUUUUUAACUUCCUUAAAAUCCUUUUGUAUGUUGAUCACGUAAAAUUUUCUUGCUUGAAAUGUGAAUGCACUUUGGAUGAAACCUGUUUUUUAAGCCUGAUGACAGCGUUACAGCCGUAACAACGUACAAGCCGUACAGCUAAAAACCAAGGUUAAAGUUAUAAAAAACAAACAAAAUGCUAAGACUGAUCAUUUUGACCGCGCUCGUGUCAAAAACUAUGUCGAAAACGUGUGACCAUUCGAACAGUCUAGACAUAACGGAUGGUGUCCAUAUGCCAAAUGGUGUUAUCAAUCAUAAAGGGGUACAAUAUAAGACGUUUGAGUACUACACUGAUAGUAAGAAUACAAUCAGAGGGUGUGUUUGUGACAAAAAGAUUUGCGCUACGAAAUGCUGUCCGCUGGGACACGGAUACGACCGCGGGAUAAAAGAAUGCGUGAAGAUAUCUGAAGACACGUUCAAUCCUCCGGUUUUGGACGAGUAUUCGCAUCUUGAAGAUGUAAAUGCAUUAGAAUACUUUCAUUUCAACAUUUUAAGGCCGAACUGCACGGGCGAAGUUCGCGUCAGAGUUUCCCAGUUCACUAAGGAGUACCAUUUGAGAACUGAUGGGAAGCUUUACACGGAAAUGAAACACAACAUCCCACCAUGGACGCUGUCGACUCCAGACAAGUACUGCGUGGACACAUUCAUAUUGGAGGACCAGGAUGGCACGCAGACGACUAGCUUCGACGCCUUGAUAUGCUUGGCCGAGACGGUAGAGAAGCAGCACUAUUCCCUGAGUGCGUCAUGUAUGCUAAUCUCGUGCGUGUUCAUCCUCGCCACUGUGGGGGUGUACGGCUGGUUACCUGAGCUUCGCAACCUUCACGGAAGAGUUCUGAUGACGUACCUCAUGUGCCUCUUCGUGGCCUUCGCUUUCCUCGCGACCAUGCAGAUCCUGCUGCUCGUCAACAACAUCUGCGCUAACUGCUGCGUUGGUCUCACUAUUGUCAUCUACUUCAGUCUCGAAUCUGCCUUUUUCUGGUUGAACGUCAUGUGCUUCGAUAUUUGGUGGACAUUCAGUGGCAAACGAGGAAUGACCCUAGGGAAACUGUCUAUAAAAGCCAGGUUCUUCGCGUACGCACUCUAUGCGUUCGGAAUACCAACCGUUUUGACCAUCAUUAUGGUUUCGCUGGAAUUUUCUGGACUACCACCACACGCUUUUAUGCCUAUGAUCAGACGACAAGGAUGCUUUCUGUAUGGUAGAAGCAGACUGAUCUACCUCUACGGACCUAUAAUAGUGCUAUGGUUCGCAAAUUUGAUAUUUUUCAUCCUCACUGCUGUAAAGAUCACUCAAAUUAAGAAGCAGACCUCAGUUCUUAAGUCUAGGGAGAGUGCCACACACGACCGACAAAAUAGCGAAAGGCAAAGUGUUGUGUUCUAUUCCAGACUGCUGCUUUACGUGAAACUGUUCCUGGUGAUGGGAAUCAACUGGUUGUUGGAAGUGAUCAGCUCGCUGUACCCUGAAGCGGAGUACUUAUGGUGCUUCAUUGACGCGUACAACGUCCUCAUCGGCCUGAUCAUAUUUAUCAUAUUCGUCUGCAAGAGAAAGAUAUUCAGAUUAAUGAAGAAAAGGAUCAAAGAAAGUAUUCAACGGCAGAAUGGAGCGAUGGGGAGCAUGACGCAAAUACCACAUAGACUCCAACUACACAAGAACCUUAGGGAUUACAAACAGAGAGACAGCGUUGACACUAUUAAAACCUUUUGCGCCGAUUCCGAUAGUAAUAAAGAAAUUAAUACUACAAAUUUGUAAAAAAAUAUAUCUAAGUUAAAACAAUCAUGAAGAAAUGAUUCACGACAUUGAAGAAUGGAAAUAAUAAUAAUUACUGAGAAGAGAAUAAGUCAAAUGUUUCAUCAAGGAGUAAAAAGAGUAAAAAGGUAGCACUAAAAAGAUCCAGGAGCAUAAAAACAAAACUCGAAAAGAUGCAGAUAUUUCAAUCACAAAAAUUUUGUAAAUAUGUAAAGAAUAAUGUAAGUACAGAUAAGUAAUCAUGGAAAUUGACUGAUAAUUGAAUUCGAAAACUUGAAUAAAUAUUCUGACCCAAACAUUUACAAAUUUUGUUCUGAAUAUUACAAUAGAAACUUGUAACGGAAGAAAACAGAAAAAGUCCCUGUUUGGAUGAAUACAUGCAAAGAUUCAUGCGAUGAAUGAAGCAAAUGCAAAAGUUAUUGAUUGAGAAAUAACGAUGAAAUUGGACGAAAAGCGUCACUCUAUAUUUAAUACAGAGAUACAAGCAAGUUCGAGGCGAUCCCAUGUCCAAGAGUCAAUCUUCUACACGAACAUUCUCAACCAGGGAUGAAAUAGGUCUCACUAAAACUGAAUAUAAAUAAAAAUUAACGACAUGCUAUUUUAGUAUAAUGUAUAACUGCAGGUUUACUGCAGGUCAGACUGCGGCUGGUGCAUGACAACUUGGUGCGUCAGUAAUAGGCGAUAACGUAGUCUUUGCCCUUUAUACAAACAUAUUUUCGUGUCUGCCACAAAAAGCCACAAGACUUUUUUUUAAUUUAUUGAUUAGAGCUUGGCUGCAAUCAGACCUGUUGUUAUUAUUAAAACUAUAUAUAACUUCUUGUAACAUGCACGUAUCGAUAAAGUAAUUUCAAUUUUUUUUCUUACUAAAUUAAUAAUUUAUUAUUUUUAGUAGCAAACUUUUUAAUUCAGGCAAACUAAACCCUUAAAAAAGGAUGCCCGGAGUGGCAACAAUGAUUCCAAUUCCAAUUAUUAUUCUCUUAAGAUUUUUUUGUUGAUUUAAAUGUAUAGAACAGGAUUACUUACCUAUUACUACUUAAUAGAAGAGCUAGUAGUACGAGUAAAAAAUAUAUACUGUACGAGCGAAGCGAGGGCAAAUGUUUUACUUGCAAUAUUUUUCAACUAGUCUAGAAGUGGUAAAUACCUAUAGUUCAUUAUUUCAUAAAAUUAAAUUAAAUACCAUGUUUUAUUAUAAAUAAGUAAAUAAGUCAUAUCCAUCCUAUAUUAUGAAAAUCUGUAGUAUCAUAAUUAUAAUCUCUAAGUUAUCAUAGUCAUUUUUGUAAUGCAAGUAGGAUCUAUCUACACGUAUAGUGUAGGGAAGUAUCAAAGAUUAUGUUUUUAUAUAAGUAAGUAAAUUGUUUGUACUUAAUUUUAUUAGUAAAAAUUUUAAUCACAAAUCAAGAGUUUUAUAUCGUUUUAGAUUUAUUUUUUAUGUUUCAAUAAUUUUAUGUCACAAAUUAGGAUUUUUUAGAUUGUAUUAGAUUUAUAAGAUAAAGUUUUUAAAAGUUUUUAUAAAAUAAAGAAAAGUUUACCAAUAAAGAAACCCUAAAAGUGAUCGCACACUGCUAUAAGAGACGUACCUACGCAACGCAUUUUUCAAUACAUACAAGGAAAAAUUUUAAAAAAAUAAAAAACCCGACUGCCCUGCCAUAGUGAAUUUAAAAAAAAAAUUACAGCCAGUGUCAUUCGGGCUGAUUAUAUAAGGAUUCUAGCGAUAACCUAUAUAUAUUCCAUCAUCUAAAUCUGUUCAGGCAUUUAGAUGAUGGAAUAACUCACGUACAUACACUGAGCCAUGAACCCUGAAAAUAUUAUAUGGCUUGUUUAGGAAGUCGUAUUAUGGCAUUCGUUUAAAAAUACGAAAAAUCAUAUUUUACUUGCUACCUAUUCUAUCUUACAUCAGUGUCCGAACAAUUUUACAGUAUUUUAUAUACUUUACCGUCUAUUGUAAUAUUGUAAAGGACUAGAGUGCUGGAAAUGCAGUUACGAACCAGUACACAUUGAUCCAACAUUUUCGGCCAAUGUAUUCGGCUAACGUUUAUAGUUAUACCACGAACUGAUUGUUCAUAAAAACAUCAAAGAAUCUUGGUAGAAUUUGUAGAGUUGUACACGUUAGCGGUUAGCCGGUACUCGCCAAAACUUGGGCCAAUGUGUACUAGAGUUUUAUUAUCCAAAGCAACAACUUUUAUUAAUGUCCGGUAAUUCGGCUAAAUAUCAUGACUUUAUAAUGUAUUCAUCCCUAUUUACGGUUUCUAUAUGGAGCGCGAUUGAUGCAAUUUAAACUUUUAAGUCAAAUGCAAUUCAGAAAUGCCUUAUGUGUAGGUAUAAGAAGUAAAAUAGGUACUCAAAUAAGUAUGUACUUAGGUGAAAUAAAAUCAUUUAGUAAAUAAGUAGACAUAAGUUAAUGAUCUCACAAGUGUAAUGCAUUUUUCACAAUUUCAUACACAAAUACUUUUUUUUUUAAUUUGUCACGCAGAAAUUUAUUCUGAAUAAGUACAAAAUACUGAGAUUGUAAUCGCGCAGAUGUAUAGAUCAUCAAUGCACAUUAAUGUAAAAUGGAAAUAUUUUGCAUAAUAUUACAAUUUAUAGCUAAAGACACUAAUAUGUUCUUUAACUUCUUUAGAAUCAUUUUGAUACGAGUAGAUUGAUGAAAGUCGGUGACACGCCCUCUCUUACAUACCAUAUUUUAUGAUACUUUAUUUAGAAUUCUGUAGUCUAUUGCGCAGUAUUCGCCCAACGUCGUUUCUACUCGUAAGAGCCUUAUACACAUUGCUCCAACGCAUUAGGUCAAUACACUCGGUGAUUGUGACUGUGUUAUUUGCUGCAUGUGACUAGCACCGGUCAACUGCCGACUUUUGUAAGUUUCCAAUUUAACGCAAUUUGGAAAUCACUCAUUAACCUGCAUUUGCCGAAUGUGUUGGGACCGUUGAGUCAAUGUGUGCUGGAGCCAUUAUUAUCUCAAAUUAUUAUUUGUUCAAAUAAAGGUAGCUAGGUGCUUUACCAUAAUUAUUAUUAUUAAUAGAUGAUACACACAUGAUUAGUAAUUAUAUUUAUACACUAUCAAGUAUCAACUAUGAUUAAAUGUGACCUAUAGACCUC